UCACUAAGCCUAUCCUCAGAGCACACCCAGACUCUGUGGUCUCCAUGGGGACUAACGUAAGCUUCUUGUGUGAAGAGACCAUCGGAGCCAAAGAGUGCAUUCUCUAUAAAAAUGGAUAUCCAUAUAGGAAGGUCACAAAGAACCAACAGAAGCCAGAAAACAAGACUGGAUUCUCAUUCUUAAAUGUAGACCAACAAGAUGCAGCACAGUAUCAAUGUUCCUAUAGGACCCAGGCUAAAUCAUCAGACUUCAGUGACCCCCUGGAACUGGUGGUGACAGGAGCCUACUUGAAACCCAGCCUUUCAGCCCAAACUAGCCAUGUGGUGACCUCAGGAGGCUAUGUCACCCUCCUUUGUGAAUCUUGGUUGGAUUAUCACGGGUUCAUUCUGAUGGUAAAAGGACCACAGAAGCUCUCCUGGAAGCAAGUCUCAAAAUUUAACUACUCUACAAGGAUGUUCCAGGCCCUGUUCUCUGUUGGCCCUGUGACCCCCAACCAAAGAUGGAUAUGCAGAUGCUACAGCUAUUACAUGAACAAACCACAGGUGUGGUCAGAUCCUAGUGAACCCCUGGAGCUCCUGGUCUCAGGUAGGGAACCCCACCAUUUCCACAGAAUGAUAUUGAAAUGAUACAGUCGCUCAGAGAGCACUUGGUAUGUGUGCAUGUGAGGAUCCAGGGCUUUUUCGAAUUUUGACACACAGCACAGGAAACAGUUGGCCCCAAGUUUUACAAUGAAAGGCUGAGAGUUACAGCAAAGCCCAGAGUUCCCAGUAGAGAGAUGAUUCUUCAUGAGGCCUUCUGUUCAUCUGGAUCAGCUUUAGCGCCAUCCACUAGAGUCAAGGGAAUCUGGAAGAACAGAGAGAAGAAUGAUGGCAGUAGGUAGAGAGG